AAGUCACUCUAUUCCCCCUCCACGCCGCGGUGCAGUGUGGGUAGCCGCUGUCAGCCAUGGCGUCCCGUGUCCUCUGUGUGUGUGUCCGCUCGGCGCUGCGCCCCCUGCCCCGGCGCUCCCUACCUGCCCUGAGCAGCACCGCCUGCAGGCAGCGCUCUUCCCUGGCCAGGCCUGCAACCAACGCCCCGGUCCUCGCCACACAGGUCUCUGGCUCCUUAUAUCAGUCAUGUCGCCAGUACAGCGGCGCUCCCCCCCUCACCCUGGAGGGCAUCGCCGAAAGAGUUUUAUAUGUAUUGAAGCUGUAUGAUAAGGUUGACCCGGAAAAGCUUUCAGUCAACUCCCACUUCAUGAAAGACCUGGGUCUGGACAGUUUGGACCAAGUUGAGAUAAUAAUGGCAAUGGAGGAUGAGUUUGGGUUUGAGAUUCCUGAUGCCGACGGUGAGAAGCUGAUGACGCCACAGGAGAUAGUAGAUUACAUUGCAGAUAAAAAGGAUGUAUAUGAGUGACGUGAAGUCCAUGUGUCAGUUCCUCCGUUCAUUGUAGCUUGGCUGGGCGUGUUGUGAUCUCGCCUGCAUGCCGUGGCCCCGUGGCUGCCGUCGCCACUUCUUCCAGGAUCCUGUAUUUAAACUGUCUGAAUGUGUUGGCCUUUAAUAAAUGUAAAAACACACAAAAGACAAGACACCA